AUGUAUUACUUAGCUGAAUUAAAGAAAUUGGAUCAUCGUUCGGAAAAUAGACGAGGCGAUAUAAAUAAUAUCGCAACUGAAUCUGAAACAGAUAAUGAAAAUACAAAUCCAACUGGAACUGUAUUGCAAGAUGGUGAUUCCAAUUUUGUUUCUAAUGAUUCCAUUGAUGAGAAUACUACUCAAACGACAGCCACAACUUCAACUGAUGAUGGAACACCGUUGGCCUCAGACUCUGAAAGUAAUAUAGAGGCACCUUUAAAAACUAAUGCUACCACAGGUGUAACAGGAGCAGCUAUAGUAGCACCUCUUUUGCCAAAUGCCGUAAAAAAGAAUGGAAGUAAAAAUUUGGCAUUAGGAAAUGGUAACGGAACAGGUACAGGUGACAGUUUAGAUGGAGAAAACAGUAACUGUAUACGAUCUUCUGCUAAUGAAGAUGCUAGUGAAGAAGAUGAUGACGACGACCGCAUGGUUGAUGAAAGCAGCAACAGUAACAGUCUUGGACAUAAAUCCGUAACACCAAUAAUUAACCUCAACGACGGAACUACCAAUACUGAUAACGAUUCAACCUUAAGCAGCGCAGGCAUCAUACAAAAACGGUCACUGCAUUGCAGUAGUGACGGUAUCGACGAUGGUAACAGUCAACCGGAAAUGAAAAAAAUCCGAAGUGAAUAA